AUGUCGACUGCCGUCAAAAUUCUGACUCUUCUGGCUCUUUGCGCCGUCGCCACGGCGAAAAUCCAUUCAAUCACUUGUAAGUCUUUCCAUUGGAGGAAACGCUUUGAAUUGAUCUUUUCCAGUUGAAAUCGAAGAUGGAGUCGUCCGGCCAGUCUCCAAGGACCAGUUCGAUAGCGCCAGGGAGCUCGGUUCGUUUUGAAGGCCUAUGGAAAAAAUAGCUCAUCGAUUCACAGCCGAGAUCGAGGAGUUCUUGAAAGGACUGAAAGAGCUCGGCAUUUCGCAGUACUCGCUUGCCGUGAUGACGAGCUUUGCCGCAGAAUACUACGUGAAUAACCUACUCAACUUCCUGAGACAUCCAUGUUCCUAUUUAGCAACUACGCAGCCAGAACGCUGACCUGAGCGAGGAGGAAUUCUUGGCGAAAUAUUCUGUUACCGUCGUGGAAGGUCUUCGAAAGGCCUUAAAGACACUCCCGGAUGGCGACCGCGUUUGUUGAUUUCACAGCUUUCCGAUUUCAAUCAUCGUGAUUUGAGGAGAAAGUCCAAGCAUUCUUACGCCAAAAGCUCAUAGAUAAGGGAAUCGCGAAGAUCUUUAGAGCCUAUGAGAAUAAAGGCGUCGCCAAGGGCCAAGGUUACGACGCGGCUGAUAUCACAGGUCAAGUUUCUCCAAGCGCAAGUCGUUUAGAAGUCGGCUGCAUUGCCCAUUUUUGAAUCUUUAAGAUGCGAUUUACUUACUCAAUUCCCAUCAUGAUCCGCUUUUUAAUGCCUCCAAGCGCAAGUCGUUUAGAAGUCGGCUGCAUCGUUCAUUUCUAAAAAUUCAGGACGCACGCUCAAUUUUCAUUUUAGCUCCUCUUUUAAUGCUCCCAAGCGCAAAUCGUUUGAAGUCGGCUGCAUCGCCAAAAUUUUUGAGAUGCGAAUUACUCACUCGAUUUUCAUUAAGAUCCCCUUUUUUAAUGCCUAUGAGCGAAAGUCGUUUAAGGUCGGCUGCAUCGCCAAAAUUUUUGAGACGCGAAUUACUCACUCGAUUUUCAUUAAGAUCCCCUUUUUUAAUGCCUAUGAGCGAAAGUCGUUUAAGGUCGGCUGCAUCGCCAAAAUUUUUGAGACGCGAAUUACUCACUCGAUUUUCAUUAAGAUCCCCUUUUUUAAUGCCUAUGAGCGAAAGUCGUUUAAGGUCGGCUGCAUCGCCAAAAUUUUUGAGACGCGAAUUACUCACUCAAAUUUCAUUAAGACCCCCUUUUUAAUACUCCCAAGCGCAAGUCGUUUAAAGGUCGGCUGAAUCGCAAAAUUUCAAAAAUUCAGACGGCAGGAUUUUUUUGGGUCCUCUUUUAAUGCUCCCAAGCGCAAGUCGUUAAAGGUCGGCUGCAUUGUCCAAUAUUUGAGAUGCGAGUUGCUCACUCAGUUUUCAUUUAGACCCGCUUUUUUAAUGCUCCCAAGCGCAAGUCGUUUAAAGUCUGCUGCAUCGCCCAUUUCCAAAGCUCAUCCCACUACCAUAACCGCCUUCUUUUCAGCUAGAAGAGAGCAAGUCUUGAAAGAACUGAAGGAAGCUGGAGUUACUCAAACCGCCAUCGGUGAGUUGGACAAGCUGGGCAAGAAAUAUCAAGUAAAAAAAUUUUUUAUUUCCCCACGAAAAAAUGGUUCAAUCACAGCAAAUCUACAAACAAAACCCGACCCUCACUGAGGAGGAGUUCUACGGCAAGUUCGGCCAGAAAUACUUUGAGGAGUUCUUCCGACUCGUGGCCACUUUCUCGGAAAGUGACAGGGUUCGUUUUUCAAUCAAAGAAGCCUCAAAGUAAUUAUUUCUUUUUAGACCAAAGUGAGCCGAGUCGUCGGCUCCAGACUGUCCCGCAGAAUUGCGAGAUCCAAGGCUCCCCGACGCUUCUGA